ACGGCUUGUUUUUCCCUUGUCGGAAUGUUUGAUCUUGCGAUCCAUGGCGCGGCGCGGCGCGGCUCCUAGGUUUGAUUUUCUUUUCGAUCUUCUCCAAGAUCUCGGGAGUAGGAGAUAGAUGCCACUGGGAUUUCGGGGUAAUCUGAGCUCCUGGUGCUGGUCGUUUUCCGGGCCGAGAAUGACUUCCAAUUCUCCUGCCACGCCUACGCUCCCGCAGCGCGUCUCAGCCAUGCCAAGAAUCCCUUGCUCUUCGGCCGGGAAGGAUUUCUCCUUGACUUCCAGCAGCGCAGUGGUAGCUGGGGACAGCGAUUGCUUCUGGAAGCCCGAGCUCACUCCCGCGGAGAUCGCUGCUUGCAAGGAGGCGUUUGAUGCGAUUAACUGGAAGCUGGAGAGGCCGGAGAGCAUUUACAGGGAAUUCUCCUCCCUCAGGCUUAGCUCGUUACCGAAACGAGAACUUAUUGGGAAAUUCAAAGCGGCCGCGUCAAAUGCAUGUUACAACAAAGACAGAUACAGCGACGUGCUGCCUUUUGAUGAGACGCGUGUGAUACUACGAAAAACUAAAGAAUCCGACUCUGACUACAUCAACGCGAAUUUCGUAGAGUCUCCCGCGUUUGGUCAUUCGUUUAUUGCGACACAGGGGCCCUUGAAAACAACUAUAGCGGAUUUUUGGGAGAUGGUGAUGCAGCAGAGGUGUCCCGCCAUUAUCAUGCUGACGAGUUUGGUGCAUGGUAGCCUGGAUAAAUGCGCACCGUAUUUUCCACCAGCAGCUAAUGAGCAACAAGUUUAUGGUCGUCUGAGAGUGACAAACAAAGGUCUUGGCCACAGUAGUCACUCGAUUACGAAGAGAGUAUUUGAAGUCCAGCCUGUCGAGCUCACUCAAGAACCUCCUUUGUGCGUUUUGCAUUUGGAGUACCUUCACUGGCCAGACCACGGAGUUCCAGCGUAUACAAGACCAAUUCGGGAGCUCUAUCGAUGCAUAAGCACGAUACCGGACGAUGCCGGUCCCAUUGUCGUCCACUGCAGUGCUGGGAUUGGACGAAGUGGGGCAUAUAUUGGAAUCGACCAAACUUUGCGAAGGAUACUGAAAGGUGACUUGACUGCUGUCAAUCUCCAAGAUACAGUUAUGCGUUUGAGGGAUCACAGAUAUGGAAUGGUACAGACAAAGGCACAGUACCACUUUAUCUAUGCGGCAGUGUUAGACGAGCUGCAGGAUCUCAUUCAAACUGGUGAUUGCGAAUCUUCGGCCCAAACAGAACAGCGUCUUAAGAAAUGAAUCAAAUGGUACGAUCUCUUCUUAAAUCAUUUCUAUGGUCGGCUCUAGAAGAUCGUAAAUUACUUUGGGGGCCUUCCUUGCAGCCGCGUGAAGCUCCUGUUGUUGAUAGAACGCGAGCUCAGAGAGAGAGAAGAAUGCAUUGAAAGAAAAGAAACGGUGAUGAAUUCGUUACCUGGAUUGCAAAUCCUA